UAAUUGUGGGUAUAUCUACCGCUGACAUAGAAUGCUGUCACGAAAUGUCACAGACGAAGAAGAAAAUACCAAGACGGAAGUGACGACACGUAACGCUACCAUGACGUCAUGUGAAUGGCCGGUCCCUUGAAGAACUGACACGGCUGUGUUCUUGGAGGAGUGACCAAUUUCUGUUUUGUUAUUUUCCUCGAAACAAUGUCUCAUCAAACCGGCAUUCAAGCUAAUGAAGAACUAAAGGCAAUCUUUGCAAGAGCCAAACAAGGAAACAUUAGAGUUAUUAAAGUUGAUAUUCAGGAUGAGCAGUUACUUUGUGCCAGUAGCAUGGAACCUGAUGGAGACUGGGAGAAUGAUUACGACAAAUCAAUUCUACCUCUGUUAGAAGAGGAAGAACCUUGCUAUAUAUUUUAUCGACUGGACUCCCAAAAUAACCAAGGCUAUGAAUGGCUGUUCAUCUCUUACUCUCCAGACUUUUCCAAGCCUCAGCGGAAGAUGUUGUUUGCUGGAACAAAAGCUACCCUGAAGCAGGAGUUUGGAGGAGGCCAUAUAAAAGAAGAAAUGUUUGGAACAAAUCAAUCUGAUAUUUCAUUGAGUGGAUUUAAGAAACACAAAGCUCAUGAGAGUGCUCCUCCCCCACUCACAGACCAGGAGCUGGAACUUGAAAUGGUAAAACAGCAAGAGAUGCGCGCAGACAUCAGUGUCGACAGCAAACAGAGUCACAUGACUGGUGUCCAGUUUCCAGUAACAGAUGCUGCUCUAGCUAAACUGGCAGAGCUCAAAGAUAAAAAAUUAAGCCUGGUCCAAUUAGAACUUGACAUUGAAAACGAAACAAUUGUUCUUGCGGAUGCCAAGGAGAACGUUGCUGCCAAUGAUUUGGCACAAAAUAUUCCUGAAGACAAAGGACGAUAUGUUUUCUUUCUCUUUAAACACACCUUUGAAGGCGAUUACAUGGAAUCCAUAGUGUUUGUGUAUUCAAUGCCUGGAUACAAAUGUUCGAUAAAGGAUCGCAUGUUAUAUUCCACAUGCAAAGGCCCACUGUUAGAUGUAGCCACAGACAAUAUAGGUCUUGUAAUUGAAAAGAAGAUUGAAACGUCCGAUCCUAAGGAACUGAAUGAGGAGUUCUUACACGACCAACUCCACCCCCGUAAGGACUUGAUCAGACAAAAGUUUGCCAAGCCUCCAAAACCAAGUGGAAGUCGGGGGCCAAGGAGAAUGCACAAGGAAACUUCGAGCACGGAAUAGAUCGUUUAGACUGCAAUAGUUAAACGAAUGUAUUCGUGUUUUUUUAUAUUUUUUGAAAAAAUGCAAAUUCUCGCAUAGUCAACUUAAUGAAGUUUAUAAUUUUUUUUGUUCAGAGUUACAAGAAUUUGCAUGUACAAGAACUGUAGUAUUUCACUGUUGUUCUUUAGUAGUAAAAAAAAAUCAUUCUUUUAUCUUA